AUGGUUACAAGUAAUGUUGAAAAAUUUUACUUAAAAGUGGAAAAAGGACGUAAGCCUCGUGUACAACUAUUCGAAGAAUUACGUAAUGCACAAGUGACAAUACCAUAUGAUCAAUCGAUUAAAUGGCCACCAAUACGUGUACAAAUGAGUGGUGGUAUAACAAUUAUUGUUCAACGAUUAGAGCAACAAUAUAAAAUUACCGUUCAACAUGUAAUGAUAUCACGACGUGUUCAAAUUGAUGGUCGAAUUUGUUGUACUGAUCAAAUAUCAUCCAAAAUGUUUGUUUUCAUUGAUUCUGCUUUAUUACAUAUUGGUAUUGAUGGUACAAUUGGUACAACACGAACAACUACCGAUAAAUCUAUAUCUAAAAUAUCGGAAAAUCUUGUAAAUGUACUUCAUUUCCGUUUAACCGGUUCUUUGGCCAAUUUUGGCUCUAUUGCUUCCCAAAACGAAAUGGAAUUUCAUGUAGAUGGAAGUAUCCUAUCAUUGCAAGAUACUCGGAUUGAUAGCGCUUCUAGAGGAUAUGCGGCUUUAAAACAAAUCAAAGGUAUUAGCAGUGAUGCAUCCGAUUUAUUACCAACCAGUAGCACUCUUAGUUCAGCAAUUUUAUAUGAAAAACCGGAUACGGUUGCUCAAUUAUUGGAAGAUGGCGUUGAUUUAAAUGAUUCUGUUAAGGUAAAUAAUACAGAUGAUGAUACACCAAGAAAGAUAGCUAUUCGAAAAUAUAAAACGAUAAGAGCAUCAGAAAGACGGAAUAAAAUGCGUGAAAAGAUAACACUUAUUCAAGCUCUUAUCAGUACACAUGAUUGGAAACGUGGAAUUAUCACUUCGAAUAAUAUUAAUGCAAAG